AUGUUUUCUAAAUUGCUUGUAAUUAUCGUGAUACUGGCACAAUCGGCAUGCGAGCCGGAUCGAAGAGUGCUCACCACGUUGAAGUAUUCCAAUUAUUACGUGAAGCCCACCAUCGUCCGCGGGGAGCCUGCGGAGACGGGGCAGGUGCCUUACCUGGUAUCCAUCAAAGAGCCCGUGCUAAGAUUCAGCAAUGUAAGAGUUGUAUGGAAAAACCUAUGCGGCGGCAGCAUCAUUUCUGAGCUUAAGGUCCUUACAGCUGCGCACUGUUUCGAUGGCAACAACUACUUCUACAAGAAAAAUCCAUCCAUUCUCCGCCUCGUGGCCGGUAACCUUCGCACAGAGAUAACCCACUCAGGCGACACUGAAACCAACGAGUUCACCCAGUGGAGGAAAAUCAAGAAAAUGAUAUUGCAUCCCCGAUACAAUUUCCCCACAAACGACAUAGCCGUUGCGGUUUUAUAUGUACCCUUAAAUUUUUCUAAUAACGUCGAUUACGUCAUCACAGCUUCAUUAAAUACAGAUUAUCCACAUACGUGUAUUUCCGCGGGGUUCGGAAGGACUGGGCACGAAUUAAACAGCGCCGUUUCGCCUGUCUUGCUUAUAGCGAGAAUCAAUACUUUGACGUUAUGGAAGUGUUCUCUGGUGUGGGAGAUGAAUAUGGACUCGUUCAUCUGUUCAGACUCCUCGGUUACGGAUGUGGCCAGGGGAGAUUCCGGGGGGCCUUUAGUUUGCAAAGGCACUAUGGACCCCAAGGAAAAACCCAACAGGGAUUUGUUAGUCGGGGUGGUGAGCGGGAAGAAUUUCGACAAGACGUCUAUUUACACAAGGGUUUCGGCGUUCAAAGAUUGGAUAGCUGGGAAUGCAGGAAAUUCUGUGACAGUUGGUUGUGGAUCGACGAUCGCGGAGAGACGAAAUAAAAAGAGUCAAAGAGAACCGUUGGACAAAUGCUGUAAAUUCCUACAAAAGACCUAUGCCUUGGACGACGUGCGGUUGAUCUGA